CAUGCAAGAAGCCUAUGUCCUACACGACCAAUAUAGGAAUCAAUCCAUGUACAACUACAUCAGUGGGACAUCUCGUCCCCUCUAUUUCAAGAGGCCUUUGGUCCCAACGAUGACUGACACUCCCAUUAAAUUGAGCCAACCCCCAGUCUAAUAAAUCAAAGAAUAACCUCUUCCAGCAAAAAUUACUAUAGAGAGAGUAACCCUGCUUUUUAUUUGGCUAGGUCAAGGAUGUUGAAAUCUAAACUGAUUAUAGAGAAGCCGAAGCCUAAACUGACCCAUAUACACCAGCACAUGAUUAAAAUGAAGACUAAAAUAUAGAAAUAUUAGCAUUAUAGCAUCUGAAAUGGGACAAGGGUUUGCCUGCUUCAAUUGAGGAAUUAGAGUCCAUAGAAUGGAAUCGAGAAAAGGUUUGGUUUGAGAAUGCAUUGCCUCCUAUAUCGGAUGAAGCUUCAUUUAAAUUGAGAAGAGUGUUGAUGAAGUCAUAAGAGGAAAGAGAGUGGAAGAAGAAGGAAACAGAUAUCAAGAUGUAAUUGUGAUUUAAAAUGACUUAGAAAUCAGAACGAGAGGUUGUAUUUAUUGUAAGAAGCAUUGAAAGAAAGAGAAAAAGAUGUAGAAGAAAAGAACGCUUAAAGAAUUGAAAGCAUUAAAAUAAAGAAAACAGAGUUGAAGAACAGGAUGGUGGCUAAGAUCUAGAAGAGAAAGAUUAAAAUACUCAGAAAGAUGCAAAAAAGCAGAAAAGAAAUUGAUAAUGAGGACAAAGGCAGAGAAAUCAUAGAAGAUUAUGCUAAUUUUGCAUCUAAAGUGUAUGCUGGUAUCACAAGGGAAGGGUUGAGUCUUGAUAAAAUAGCUAGCAAAUAUGAAGUGUAACCAGUUGCAUUAAAUACUUAUAAAGGUUUGACUGAAUUAUCAACUACAAUUAAACCUUCUAUCUUAGAAACAACAGUAAAUGUGGCUCAAUUCAUUAAAAUUAUUGAAAAGGAUUACACAAGAUUGGAAAUUCAACAUAAGAUAGAAGUCAACAAAGCAAGAAAUCAAAUAUUCGGAUCAAAUAAACAAGAUCAAUCUAAUGACAUUCAAGCAGAUCAUAUUGGGAAUAAAAAUAUCAUUAUUAGACCUGCAACUCCAACAUAUAAUUAAGAAUUUGAAAAUGCUGAUAUCAAGAGAUAAGAAAUGAAAUUUGAAAAUUAUGAGUAAUUCAAAGAAGAAGCAGUUAAGAGACAAUCAGAAGAUAAGAAGAAUUCAGCUGUUGUCCUACUUCAAAGAUUAUUCAGAGGUAGGGCUAUGUAGAAUAUAAUGUAUGAAGGAAAAGAAAAGGUACUUUCUUAAUUGUCUAUUCAACUAGAGAACUGCCUUGAUUGAGGAAUUGUUAACUGUUGCUAAAAUACCAGAUCUGCCAGAAGCUGAAUAAGAGGAAAUCUUGAUGCAAUAACAUGAAGAGAAGGUGAAGAAUGCGGCUUUGGAAGCUAUUCAAGGAGAAGUGAUUGCAGAGACUUUGGAUAUGUUAAGCAAAGAGUUGCUCAGAAUCAAAUAGGAGAAGAGAAUUGCUCAAAUGGUGAAAUCAGCUGAAGAAGAUAGAAGAUUAAGAGAAAUUCAAGAGGCUGGUACAAGAUAGGCAGAAUAAAUCUUGAGAGAUAGAGAAGAUGUCUAAUACAAUCAGAUUAUGAGAGUUCAUUAAGGAACUGUAGAUACAUAUUUGCAUUGGAUAUUUAAGAAUACUAUCGAAUAAGGUAGACAUAUUUAAAUACAUCUGUAGCUGCCACUAGACAAGCCACCAUUAUGACUAACCUAAGAAAAUAAAAGAUGAAUACUCCAGUUGAAUACUUUGAAAGGAAAUACAAUAGUGAUGAAACUAUUAUCAAAGACCUAGUUUAGCAAUUUUUAAUUCCAAAUGUACAAAGAUCAAAAUUAUAAAAACAAAGUAAUUAUCUUAAUUGAAUUAUUAGUAUAAAUUGAAGAACGAAGAUUUAAUGAAGCAGCUAAAAAAUCAAUUCAGGCGACUUUAUCAUAGGCAGCCUAAUAGAUUAAUCAAAAAUGA